AUGGCAGAAGUGCUUGGGCAAUUCAUUUCCAAGAAAUGGGAAGAAGGGGUCUGGAAAGGUGUUCAAAUUGCAGCAGGAGUGAAUUCGAUAACACAUUUGCAAUUUACAGAUGACACCUUUCUAGCUGGAGAUGCUACAACAAGGGAAGCCCAGGUUAUGAAAGAGACCCUAGAUAUAUAUGAAAAAGCUUCAGGUCAAAAAGUAAAUUGGAAUAAAUCUGAAAUAUUUUUUUUCAACACUAAACCUUGUAAGCAGAGGGAAGUUUGCAAAAUUCUGAGCAUGAAAGUGGGGUCUCUUCCAGGCAAGUAUUUAGGAAUCCCCUUCUUUGGAGAUGCAAACAAAUUUGAUUUAUGGAAGAAUUUAAUUGAUAGUUGUAUAAAUAAAAUGGAUGGGUGGAAAAGUAGAUGGCUUACAUUAGUUGGUAGAAUUUCAAUGUUGAGAACUGUAGUGUCAACUAUUCCUAUUUACUCUAUGAUGUGUUUAAAGAUCCCAAAAAAGGCAAAGAUUAGAGGGGGUGCUGGUUUGAGAGACUGGCAUAAAAUGAAUACUGCCUUAGGGGCUAAAUUAGUGUGGAACAUUUACACUAAUCCAAAUCAGAUGUGGGUUAAAGUGUUGAGAGCAAAAUAUUUGGAUUCUCCAGAUGAUCACAGAGUAUUCACAAUUCGCAACCCCCCUAGAGGGUCUGCUAUUUGGAAUUUCAUAAUGGAUUGUCAAGGGGUGGUCAUGGAUCAUCUAACAUGGCAGAUUGGUAAAGGGACAAAAGCUAAGUUUUGGGAGGAUUCAUGGGCAGGUUUCUCAGCAAUAAGAGAACUAGGAGACUUCUUAGAGACAAAGGAACACUUUGUGCAACUUUGGGGGGAUAAAGUAAAGGAUUACAUGAGGUGCAUUGAGGGUGAAAUAGGAAAGGAAUGGGUUUGGAAGGACCUUUCGACAACAAGUCUAUUAGCUCAGCUACAGCAAAGGCUCAGGGAUGUUUUGGAUCAGAGGAAGCUCUUUCUUACAGGCACAAAGGAUAGAGUGAUUUGGCAUGGAUCUGUGGCAAGCAACAAGGGGCAGAAUAAGAAAGUAUUGGAAGCUCGGUGGAAGCCUCCAGAGAAGGGUUGGUUUAAAGUAAAUUUUGAUGGGGCAGCCCAAACAUCCAAAAGCUUAGUAGGAGCAGGUUUGGCGAUGUGGAAUGACAAUGGAUAUUUAAUUAAAUGUGGAGCCAAAAGACUUACGAAAAGCACGAACAAUGAAGCUGAAGUGCAAGCAACCCUUCUAGUAGCUGGAUUAGCUAGAAGCCAAGGUGUUCGAAAUCUCCACCUUGAAGGAGACUCCCUAAUUAUAAUCCAGGCUAUAAUGAAUGGGGAGAUCAAAGCGUGGCAUCUUGAAGGAUUCAUCGCCGUGAUAAAAGAGGAGUUAAUUUUUUUUGAAAAUUUCAAAAUUAGUCAUAUUCGAAGAGAAGGCAAUCAGACUGCUGACAAACUAUCCAAAUGGGCUCUCUCAUUUGAUUUAGAAGGUGAAGUUAAACUGGAAGAUUUCCAAUGGAUCCCAUUGUCGGGAAUAGUGACAGUGCAAUGA